UUGCUAAAGUUGUUGAUGUUGUUGGAGCCAUUUUGCCAGGCCGAGAGACAUCAAGAUUGUCAGCGCUCGCGCGAUCUCUAUGGUCCACGGACGCGCAAACCAAAGAAGAGCCCCAGUGAAAAGGCUGCGGCGAGUGCGGCGGCGGCGGCCACGGCAGCUGCGGGGGCAGCCAGUGCCAGUGCUGCGGCCAUCGCCGACGAUAAGCGACCCCGGACGGCGUUCAGCGGACCGCAGCUGGCCAGGUUGAAGCACGAGUUCGCCGAAAAUCGCUACCUGACCGAGCGUCGCCGCCAGCAGCUCAGCGCCGAGCUGGGUCUGAACGAGGCGCAGAUAAAAAUUUGGUUCCAAAACAAACGGGCAAAAAUCAAAAAGUCCUCCGGCCACAAGAACCCUCUCGCGCUGCAGCUGAUGGCCCAGGGUCUGUACAACCACUCGACGGUGCCGCUGACCCGCGAGGAAGAGGAGCUGCAGGAGAUGCAGGCCGCGGCGGCAGCGGCUGCCGAGUCCCGGAUGGGGUCUUCCGAUUGAUCUUUGAGGGUGGCCGCGAAGACGGUUACCUAGGAAGUUGCGUUGGCGUUCUACUACAAUGUGUGACUCUUGAAAACGAAAUGAGAAAAAAUCGAAUGAAAUAUCUGUGAUAUCGUAAAGUUAGUUCAGUUCAACAGUUACGAAUGGUGUAAAUGCAAUUUUUUGUGUUUGUUCAGUGGCAGGUAGAUUUGAAUGUUGUAGACUUUUUCACCCUCCCCCUAACUGUUUCUAAUUUAUGAGCUUUUACCUUGUAUUUGAGCCGAAUUCGGUUAACCAAUCAGAAAACUGCAAAUAGAACAAUAUCCGUUCAUAGAUAAAUCAAUCUGUACAUUAACUAGUGUAAAUACGAAUUACUUUUAAAUUGCGAACAUGCUAUCGAUUAACUAGUAAUAUAUUAAAACAACAAUAAAAAAAAACAUUUUUAAUGAAACCUAUGUUGAAGGUAGAUCAAGUGUAAAUAUUCAAAUUUAUUUAUUCUGUUUGUGGUGCAGCAGCAGCAGCAGGUGAAGAAAACUGAAACCAGAUGCAAAAUUACACGCAAAAAAAAAAUCAACAGAUAAUAAAUCUUGAAAUGGUGUUUUGAAAAUGGAAUGAAUGCGAAAAUAAAGUACACUCUAGCAAUAUCGACAUCAAUUA